AAUAUCUAUGUGUUAUAUUUUCAGAAGGGUAUCAGCAGGUUGUUGUGGUGCCCACGGCUGCGGCACCUGCUGAACAGUCUUCCAGCUGGAGGAGACGAGGUGUUCAGGUGGGAGGUCUGAUGCUGGGGCUGCCGUGCGCCAUCUGUCUCUCAGUGACUGGCUUCGUCUUCCUGGUCACCGGGAUUGGCAUCAUCUCGUCUGAAGCCGAGUUCGACAGUGACAUCUUCGACGAUGACGACGAACCUCUCUCCGUCGUCGGCAUGGUCAUGAUAGUGAUUGGAGUUGUACUCAUAGCUGGCUGCAUUUGGCUGUGUUAUGCCGGUCACCGUGCCUACAAGAGGUAUUCUAACUCUGAGGGGCGGGUCAUCAGCACUGCACAGACAGUCGUUGCUCCACCUGGCUCGUACCCUGUGGUAUCCUCUGUGGCAUGUCAGUAUCCACCUGGCACACAGAUCACCACUUAUACCACUUCAGGUGGCCCACCAGCUGGCUAUGCUGUUAGUGGCCAAAUGGCUCCCUACCCUUCGCAGGGACAAUACCCAUCCCCAGUUCCAGGACAGCCAAGUCCAUACCCAGUGGCAGCAGGACAGAGUCCAUAUCCAUCACACAUUCCAGGACAACCAGGUCCUCCAUACCAGACACCAGCAGCUGGACAUCCAGGACCGUUCCCAACACCGGCGACAGGACAUCCUGGACCAUACCCACCUCCAGUAGGCCCAUAUCAGCCACCACCUGCUGAACCAUACCCAACUCCCUAUCCAGGAAUGCAGCCGGCACCCCCCUACCAGAGCCAGUUUGCACCAGAGGCGCCAGGACUGCCUGAAAAAACUGGAUUACCCGGGGAAAUGGCACCAGUCGACCCCUAUGAGAAACCACCACCAUAUGCUCCAUAAAUCUUCCAUGACAUGGCCCUCAAGGAGAAUGUGCUUUCGUGACUAAGUGGUGCUUUAUCCUCUGUCAUUAUAUGAAAUGGUUUUAUUUAGGUAUUCUCUAGUGCUUUUUAUCUCCAUAGAUAUGUAUCAAGGGAUGGUCAGGUAUUUUAUUAUUUGUUCUUGUAGAAAUGUCGAAUGUAUGAGCCUUUUUUCUUGUGUUUACACAAAUGUAUGAGUCUGUAUUUUGUUGAAACUACAUGAAUAUAUUAAGUCAUUAUUCAGUGGUGACUACAUGAACAUAUGAACCUGUGCACUCUUAUGAAUAUACGAACAUAUGCAUCUGUACUCUGUUGUGACUACAUGAGUGUUGAACCUAUUCUCUGUUGUGACUGCAUGAAUGCAUGAGGCUGUACCUUGUUAAGACUGCACGAAUGUAUGAGUAUGACUACACGAAUGUAUCCUCUUGACUUUGUUGUGACAACAUGAAUGUUUGAGCCUGUACUCUGUAAUGACUGCAUUAGUAUACAAGCCUGUAUUCUGUUGUGACUAUGCGAAUGUAUGAGCUUGUACUCUGUUGUGACUACACAAGUCUGAAUGGUGCAAGUAAAACAGAAAACCAACAUAGGGCAAGGAGAAACCUUUCAUGUGUUUUGUAGUAAGAAUUUUAUCCUUGCCCUUUAUGUUUAGGCAGCCCUCAGCCACCUCGUCAUGUACUUUCCUGUGACAGGUUAAAUUGCAGACCUCUUAUAUAAUGACCUCAUUUGUUAUGACCUCGUUUAUCAUGACUUCGUUUAUAUCGUUUAUCACUAGGGAGUUAAUCAGCCAUAGAAUGGGUGGUGUUUGAACCACCACCCAUGAGUUCCAACCCCACUCAUUUUGUGUUUUCUUUGCAAUCAUGUUAUUACGAUUUUGUGAGUUAUGUUAGGGUGUUAAUGUUAAUCUGAGAGAAGAUAGCCAUUAGUGAUAUUUUUAAUCCCUUAUAAAUACUGCUUGGGUUUACUAUAGUUGCAUAGGUUAGCUUUGCCAUGUAUAGAAGGGAGUGGAGGACAUAACAGGAAGUGUAUUUUGUUUCAAUAAUUAUGCUCAUCACUGUGAAUUAUUUUCAUAUAUU